AUGUCCAGAAUUUAUUCAUUCGAGAAUUUACCAAAUGAAGUCAUUAUUUCUAUUUUCGAAUAUUUAAAAGCCACCGAUAAUUUCUACGCCUUUUUUAACCUCAAUUCUCGUCUUAGAAAGUUGAUUAAGCAAAAUGUCUGGUUCAGCCGCUUAGAACUUCGAAAUGAUAUCGAUUUGUUUUCGGAGUUGCAAUGUUGGUACAAAAAUUUAGAUUUUACUGACGAUGGACAGAUCUUUUAUUUAAUACCAUUCAAUCCGUUGACUAUCGAACGACAUAACGUCAUUGAAAGAAUGGUCUUCAAAAACAUUAGUGGAAUAUGGACGUUAUUUUCUACAAAAGAAAGACGAAACAUUGCUCUCUACAUCGUCGGUAUCAUGUUUUACAAAUUUGGUCUUGAAGCUUACAACGGUGCGAUCAUAACGUUAGCAACGAAUCGAUAUGAUCAAGAUGCAUUUCUCCAUCAGAAUCCAUCGAAUACAUUCGAACGUGUUGGAUUAUUAUCGGGAUUAAAUCAAGCAUCUCAAUGCGUUGGUUCAAUACUAAUUGCACCAUUAAUCAAACGUUGGCCAACACGAACUGUUCUAUCGGUUUCCAUAUUCACCUUCGGAAUUUUUACAGCCAUUCUUAUGAUUAUCGAUUGUGCAACUGGUGGAUACAUAAAACCACGAGAUUUUAAACCGUUGAAUAAAAACGAUUUUUCCUAUUAUGGAAAAUAUUUUACCGACGGCAUUAUUCCAAUCUAUUGUAUUACUGGAGUAACAUACGGUAUGGUUGAAUUGAUUCGACGAGUCAUUCCACGAGAUAUUGUUGGUGUGUCUGGUACAAGUGGUGCGUUCGCUGCUGGUCUCGGCUUAAUUCCUCAACUCGGAAAUAACUAUGCAUUUUUAAUUACACCGAUAUUCUUUACCAUAUCAGCCAUUAUUUGGUUCUUUCUGAGCACCGAUAAGUUUCAUGAAGGAGCUAUUGAUGAUGAAAUUGUAGGCAAUGUUGAGAAACAACAAGGAAAGAAUUAUCUCCGAUCGGUUAUCAAUGGAUUCGUAGCAUUUGGUCAAUCGGUUUAUGUUGGCGGAAAGAUUGUUUUUACUCAUCGGAAAUUCAUUUGGUUAUUCACAGGUUAUUCCAUUGCUCUAUAUGCACAUCGAUAUCUCGAAAAUGGCAUCGCACCACAAAUCGCUCGUCGUUAUCUAGGCAAUUCUGAAUGGUCACAAAUCAUUGUUGGUGGUUCGAAUUUUGGAGAAUUGAUUGGCGCAUUCUUUGUCUUUCUCUUUACCAAUAUCAUUAAAACACCUAUGCCAUGGUUACGUAUUGAUGCAUUGAUGUUAUUAAUCAUUUGGUAUAUUCCGUUCUUUUAUCCACCGAUUGGAGAAGUCAAAUAUGCAUGGUUUAUUGCAUUAACAUUCAUUCCUAUUUCCUUUGGAUGGGCUGCUGGAGACGUGUCACUCAUCGCUUAUAUUCAAUCGUCGUUAACACAUUUAGAAACGAAGACAAAAAACGUGUCUGCAUUAGGAGCCGUCAUGGCAUUUCUUUACUCGUCAUACAUUAUUUUAUAUGCUAUUCUAAAUCCAAUACUUGGAAAAUAUAUUGAUUAUGUUUAUAAUUCAACGGGCAGUGUUCGACCGGCUUUAUUUUAUACAGCAGCAAUUCAAUUAACAAUUAUUUUGAUCAUUGUCUUUUUAUCAACAUUUAUUCCGAAAGGAUCUUUUGCUUUCAAUCCAACACUAGAUGAUGAUGACGACACGAAUGAAAAGAAAGAUAUCUCUCCGACAAAAAUAAAUAUCAAUGCAGAAAACGGCGAUUUUGGAAAAACUCUUCCGUCAGAAUUCGUAACUUAUUUUUGA